AAAACCUGCUUUUUCGUUCUGAAUUUUCAGCCAUCAUCAACGGUUAACCACCACCACCACCACCACCUUCCGUCGUUAAUCACCACCACUUCCGUCGUUAAUCACCACCAUCGUUCUCCCAUUGAUGGCUAUGACCACCAAUGGUCUCUCUUCUAAGGUUAUCCGAUCGUUUCUCCGCCGCGUAAAGUCAUCAUCACCAUCCAAUACCACCACCACACCAAGGUUCCGAUUGGCUCAAAGAACCACCAUCAAUACAACAACAGUAUUCCCAUCUUCACCACCACCUCCGCCACCGACAACCGCCGUUGCCGACGACCCACGUGACUCGAUAUUUGAUUUCGAGGAUACGAAAGGUUUGUUUUCAUCUGUUACGACCGGAAAACUUUUACGGUCGGCGGCUAACUUGAACCUGGCGGCGGUGGAGCCGGUGGUGGAUUUGGGCAUGUGGGUGAUGAGGUCAAGGCUCAUGCAAGUGGGGAUUUUUAGAGAGAUUGUUUUGGGUACGAUUAAACACACGUCGUAUGAACAUUUUGUAGCGGGUGCGGAUAUGGUUGAAACGGGUCGGACUGUUAAGAGACUUUGGGAAUCCGGGUUGAGAGGGAUGUUGGAUUAUGGGUUGGAGCAUGCGGUUGAUAAUGAAUCUUGUGAUAAAAAUGCUCAAGAAUUCAUUGAAACUGUUGAAUCCACCCAAGUUUUGCCUCCUUCUUCUGUUAGCUUUGUGGUUGUGAAGAUAACAGCAAUUUGUCCAGUUUCUUUAUUGAAGAGAGUUAGUGAUCUUUUAAGAUGGGAAUACAAGAAUUCAUCAUCUAUGAAUCUGCCAUGGAAGCUUAAAACCCUCCCAAUCUUUUCAGAGUCCAGCCCUUUUUACCACACAUUAGAAAAGCCAGCUCCUUUGACUCCUGAAGAAGAAAGUGAUCUUGAAUUAGCCCACCAAAGACUAGUCAAUAUUUGUAACAAAAGCAUAGAAUGCAAUGUACCUGUAGUUAUUGAUGCCGAAGACACUUCAAUCCAACCGGGUAUUGAUUACUUUACGUAUUCGGCUGCUGUUAUGUACAAUAAAGGCGAAAAGCCCUUGAUUUUCGGUACGAUUCAAGCGUAUUUGAAGGAUGCUGGUGAGAGGUUGUUCGAAACGAAAAGAGCAGCCGAUAAAAUGGGAUUGCCAGUUGGGUUUAAGUUGGUUCGAGGUGCUUAUUUGUGGAGCGAAAGCCAAUUGGCGAAUUCGAUUGGGGUCGAGUCACCGAUCCACAAUAGCAUUGAUGAGACACACAAGUGUUACAACGGGUGUGCUUCAUUUAUGCUAGAUGAGGUCUCAAAUGGUCCUGGUGGGCUCAUUCUUGCCACCCAUAAUCUUGAUUCAGCAAAAUUUGCUGCACAGAAGGCGCGCGAAUUGGGGAUUGGGAAAGAUACACAGAAGCUGGAGUUUGCUUCUCUUUAUGGGAUGUCUGAGGCCAUGACAUUUGGAUUGAGGAAUGCAGGAUUUGGUGUUAGCAAGUAUUUGCCAUUUGGACCUGUGGAUCAGAUCAUGCCUUAUCUUCUUCGGCGAGCAGAAGAGAAUAAAGGGUUGUUGUCUUCUUCGAAUCUUGACCGACAGCUCAUGAUGAAGGAAUUGAAGAGGAGAAUGAAAGCAUAUGUUGGACAAGGUCUAAUGGAUACCGAGAGUCGGUUGAAAUCGGAGACUGGUUCCAUUGUGAAGUUAAAUUAGAGGUCAUUUGGCCAUUGAAGAAGAAGAAGAAGAAAGAUAUAAAUAGAAGAAGAAGGGGGGACUGUAAAUAGUUAUAAGAUGGGAUGGGAGGCCUUUUGCUUGUUUCUGUUGAUGAUGUUAUUAUAUAAAUGGUAGGAGCAACAGCCUUCUUUUGUCAUCUUGGGGAUGGAAUAAAUGGAAUUUUUUGGAGUAAUUUAUUAU